GCGCUCAACGGCGACGCGGCCGGCAGCGCCGCCUACGCCGGCCUGCACCUCGUGUCCCCCCAGCUGAACGGCGCCGCGGGCGCCGGCGGCUACGGGCGCUCGCCGCUGGUCGGCUACGACCCGCACCCGCACAUGCGCAUCCCGGGGCUGGCGGCCGGCGUGCACGUGGGGUCGUCGGGGAAGCCCGCCUACUCCUUCCACGUGAGCGCCGACGGGCAGAUGCAGCCCGUGCCCUUCCCGCCCGACGCGCUGCUGGGCUCGGGCAUCCCGCGGCACGCGCGGCAGCUCCACACGCUGCCGCACGGCGAGGUGGUGUGCGCCGUCACCAUCAGCAACUCCACGCGCCACGUCUACACGGGCGGCAAGGGCUGCGUGAAGGUGUGGGACGUGGGGCAGCCGGGCCCCAAGACGGCCGUGGCGCAGCUCGACUGCCUGAACCGGGACAACUACAUCCGCUCGUGCAAGCUGCUCCCGGACGGGCGCAGCCUCAUCGUGGGCGGCGAGGCCAGCACGCUGUCCAUCUGGGACCUGGCGGCGCCCACGCCGCGCAUCAAGGCCGAGCUCACGUCCUCGGCGCCCGCCUGCUACGCGCUGGCCAUCAGCCCCGACGCCAAGGUCUGCUUCUCGUGCUGCAGCGACGGCAACAUCGUCGUGUGGGACCUGCACAACCAGAGCCUGGUGAGGCAGUUCCAGGGCCACACGGACGGCGCCAGCUGCAUCGACAUCUCCAACGACGGCACGAAGCUGUGGACGGGCGGCCUGGACAACACGGUGCGGUGCUGGGACCUGCGCGAAGGGCGGCAGCUGCAGCAGCACGACUUCAGCUCGCAGAUCUUCUCCCUGGGCUACUGCCCCACGGGCGAGUGGCUGGCGGUGGGCAUGGAGAGCAGCAACGUGGAGAUCCUGCACGUGAGCAAGCCCGACAAGUACCAG